AUGUCGGACCGGUUAUCGCGAAUGCUCGCUGCCGCCCAGGCCAUGGGCGGUGGUGGUGCUCCUCCUGCUCAGGACACCAACAUCAUCGACAACGCCGAAACCGUCUACAUCUCCUCGCUCGCUCUCCUCAAGAUGCUGCGGCAUGGCCGAGCCGGUGUGCCCAUGGAAGUCAUGGGUCUGAUGUUGGGAGAGUUCGUCGAUGACUACACCGUACGAGUGGUGGAUGUGUUUGCCAUGCCACAGUCAGGAACUGGUGUCUCAGUCGAAGCUGUAGAUCCAGUCUUCCAGACCAAGAUGAUGGACAUGCUGAAGCAGACGGGACGACCAGAGACUGUCGUCGGCUGGUACCACUCACAUCCAGGUUUCGGCUGCUGGCUCUCGGCUGUCGACAUCAACACCCAGCAGUCGUUCGAGCAGCUCACCCCUCGCGCCGUCGCCGUGGUCAUCGAUCCCAUCCAAUCCGUCAAGGGCAAGGUCGUCAUCGACGCUUUCCGACUCAUCAACCCUCAGACCCUCAUGCUCGGCCAGGAGCCUCGCCAGACCACUUCCAACUUGGGCCACCUCAACAAGCCCAGCAUACAAGCCCUUAUCCACGGCCUCAACCGGCACUACUACAGCAUCGGCAUCGGCUACCGCAAGUCUGCUCUCGAGGAGGGCAUGCUCAUGAAUCUGCACAAGACUGUCUGGACCGAAGCCCUGACCAUGCCCGACUUCGCCGCCGAGGGUACGAGGAAUGAGGCCAACCUGAAGAAGCUGGUGUCAUUGGCCGAAGGCUACGAGAAGAGAGUCAAGGAGGAGACAGAGUUGACGAAGGAGCAACUGCGAACACGAUACGUUGGAAAGGUGGAUCCCAAGAAGCACAUCGAGAGCGUCGGCCAGGAGCUCAUCGAGGACAACAUCGUCAGCGUGAGCCGGCAGAUGAUCGACAAGGAGGCCAGUGUGCCCGCCGCACCUACCGACAGUCUGGGCAGCGGUCUGAACGGCAAGGGUGUGAAUGGCAACGCUGCCGCGAAUGGCCACCCGCCUGGAGGCGAUGCUAUGGAUGAGGACUUGUAG